UGACAUACGUUUAUAUGGCAUGGCGAAAGAUGUUAUUCCAAAUAAAUCGCAAUCAAAGCAAGGUGACAGAUUAUCUUGCACUUACGCUGGUAUAUAUUUUGAUGAUGAUGAUGUAAAUGUUGAUAGUAAGAAAGCAAAUACUAAUGAAAAGCCGAUUGUUGAAAUAUUGAGACAGCUGGAUGAUCUCUUUCCCGACUUGUGGCAUUCACCCAGCGAUAUAUUAGAAGAGUUCAUAGAGUUAGAGCCACCUUACACGUCUAAGAUUGUAAAAGGCAAAACCCAUGAAGGUAUUUUGGAGAUUGGAAAAGACGUAUUAACAAAAGAACGUACCAAAUUUGACAGUUUCGUUGACAGUCUAAAGGAAGAAGAAGACGCAGCAUGGACUCAUAUUAAAAAUUACGAAAAGGAAGUUAUCGAACAGAGAAUUAAAGAUAACUACGACAAAAUAUUUUUAGAGAAAAACCGCACGAUGCAAAAUGAAAUAUCAAGUUAUUUUGAACAAUCUUUGCAAGAACUGGAAGCCCACCUUAAAGAUGAAGUAGAAAUGGUUUCCAUAAAAAUCAAUGCUGUCAUCACAACCGAUUUGAAUAAACAAAUACAGAAACGGCUGAUAGAGCAUAAGUCUUACGUAAACAAUAUAUUGCAACAGAAGUAUAAGAUCGAAGUAAACAAAUUAAAAACUUAUUACAAAUUACUUUUGCACAAUGAACAAUGCAAAAGCAAUAUAGCAAUUAAUAAAGCACUCCACGAUCGAAAUGACGCUUUGAAUGCGCUCCAUAAAGAAAUGGAAUCUAACAAGAUUACUAGCACCAUGUACGUCAUGUGUAUUGAAAGAAAGAAAUGCAAAGUGAAACAGGUUCUUUUGGAAAAUUACCACAAUAAACAAAUUACACAGACUUUGAGAAAACUUCGAAAAAAACAAGAAUUGCUGGAACCAUAUCUGGAGCAAUCAAUGUCAGAAUUAAAUUUGAAAUGGCAAGAAAAGUUAAAGAAAAUUAUGAAAUUAUUUUUAAAGUUUAUUAGUUUCUGCCUUAAAUUGCUUCCAGAACAAUCGACUUUUUUGUUGGAUCUAGAAAAAAUUGUUAUCUUGCAGCUUAAUGAAAUCCAAAAGAAUCCAUUAAAGACUUCAUCAGUACUUAUUGAUCGAGCAGAAGUCAAUAAUACAUUUAAGUUUGUAAAAUGUGAAAAAAAUGUGAAUGUAUGUAAAGGCGAUCCUUUUGUGAUCGAGACAGGACACUUACCUGAAAUUAAUAAACAUGGCAGUCAAGAUACAUUAUCGACUAACACUGACUUACUAUAUGUAAGAGUACAAAGACAGUUCAUUUAUGCUAAAUGUCAAAAAAUUGAAGAAGUACGAAAAUUGCUUGACUCUCAGCGAUGGACGUGUAAGGAAGGAGUUAUUUGUUCACCUAAGUCUGCAGCGUUGACAAACUCAUCACCAGAUUCGUCAUUAUCAUCAACGGCACCUUCAUCUACGAUGAUGACGUCACCUCCAAUACAUUAUUUGGACACUGAUUUGUCCUCGAAUGAAUUCGGUUUCUAUUCUGAAGAUCUAAAGAUAUCUAAGUCUGCGAAUGAGUCUCUCAGUUCACACGAAGACCAUGAGACAUUUAUAAUACAAAAUAAUUCUUCUAACGAACAGUGCGGUAAAACUCCAUCAAAUGAAACGUAUGUAAUAGACAAUUUUCAACGUUUAGAAGACUGUCCCGGAAAGAGCUGUAAAAAAUUGAACUGGAAUUUGUUUUUUCCGAAUGAUUUUGAUGAAGACAGUUACAGGAAGAUUAACGCCAUACACGGUGAAAAGUUUUCCUAUAAAUCCAAAUCUCCACCAAAGUCAAUAAGCUCAAAUAUAAUAGCUGAUCCGUUACCAUUUUCAGCAGCAACUUCUCAUUCAAAUGUAGGAGCCCAAUAUUCAAUAGAGGAUCUAACUUCUGAUAGUUCCCCAGUACAAAAGCAAUGUUUUUGUUCUUGUGGACACUCGCCAAUAUAUUCCGAAACAGAUAUCAAUAAAUUAUUGAAUAAACGUAGAAUGUCGAUAAUAAGAUUAAUUCAAGAACAUCCAAAUUUAUUAAAUAUAUUACCUGUUGAACCAUAAAUAAAUUUACCUAAAACUAACCAUUAAUUAUUA